GCCGGGGAAGUGAGAUCAUCGUGCCGGCUGACACUGGCCAAGGGAGCACCGUUCCGGGAAGCAGGAUUGCCGUGUAUGUUGCUGCUGCACCUUCUGGUUCAUUCGCACAAACACGCGGGGAAGGCUCCCCGGGCUAUGGCGCGCUGGCUGCGGGCUGCUCCCGCGCCUUGGCUGUGUGGCUGCCUCUGCUUGGUCUUCCUGGCUGCCCAAGCUCACGCCAGGCAAGCGAGGCCUUGGGAGCGCGGCGAAGAGGCCGCCGGCUCAGCCCUGCUGGGUGUCCGGCCCUACCAGCGGCUGCAGGAGCACCUGGGCACCGUCAGCGCCCUUUCCAAGCGCUACUGGCGCCUCCUGGCCUGCAGGAUGUGGCAGGAGGAGUGCGAAGGAAAGGAGGAGGAGGAAGAGGAAGAAGAAGAGGAGGAGGGAGUGGCGGUGAUAACGGAGGAGGAAGACAAGGGCAAGGCAGCCCUGGAAACACAAGGGUGGCGCAUGACUAUCAUGAGUGAGAUCCUCUCCAGCUGGUACUGCUCUUUCGGCAGAUGUUGCGCAACUGGAGACUGCAGGGUGGCCAACAACAUUUCAGGAUUGGAGCUGGAUCUUAGCAGGCGACUUCAUGGACAACACUUGGCGAAAGAUGUUGUUGUGAAAGCAAUCCAAGGCUUCCUGGAGACACCCCAGCCAGAAAAAGCCCUGGCUCUUUCCUUCCAUGGCUGGUCUGGUACUGGCAAGAAUUUUGUGGCCCGGCUAAUAGCAGAACACCUUUACCGUGAUGGCCUCAAGAGUGAAUGUGUCAAAGUCUUCAUCUCACUAUUCCACUUCCCACAUCCAACAUACAUGGACUUGUACAAGGUCCAACUAGCAAAGCAGAUCAGCGAGACGGUGCAGUUAUGUCAGCAGUCUCUCUUCAUCUUUGAUGAGGUAGAAAAACUUCAUGUCGGCCUCCUAGAUGCCAUCAAACCCUAUCUGGAUCACUAUGACAGCGUUGAUACAGUGGAUUACCGCCGGUCCAUCUUUUUGUUCCUGAGUAACACUGGAGGCAACAUCAUAAACGAAGUUGCCUUAGACUUCUGGCGGGCUGGUCGAGCCCGAGAGGAAAUCACCAUGGAGUAUUUGGAACACUACCUAAGGACGGAGCUGCUGGAUUCUGCAGAUGAGGAUUCUGCCCACAACCGCCUUCUGGAAGAGAACCUCAUUGACUUCUUGGUACCUUUCCUGCCCCUGGAGUAUCGCCAUGUGAAGCUAUGUGCUCGGGAUGCUUUCCUGGCCCGAGAGCUGCAGUUCACUGAGGAGGCACUAGACGAGGUUGCAAGGAUGAUGGUAUUUGUCCCCAAAGAAGAGAAGCUCUUCUCUGCCCAAGGGUGCAAAUCGGUCUCCCAGCGCAUCAACUACUUCCUGCCCUGACUGUGACCAGGUUUCACUGCACACAAAUGUUGCAAUGUGGCCAGUUCUGCUUCCUCUUGCACAAGGGCUAGCUAAUGUGCAUUGCACUAUGACUGGGUAUUAAAUCCUCCUGUGACGGGGGUGCUGCCAGGUUGGCCAAAGCUGAUAUGAGCUGCUUUGGUUGCAAGAUGCCACUGAAGAACUUUCAUCAGAAAGAAAAAAGUGGAGGAGUUUUCAACAAAUAUACAACUAUGCAGCUAAAAUCUACAUUAAUGGUGCUGUUGAAGAGAGAGACAAGUACAAUUUUGAAGGAUCACAGAAUUGUUACUGGGGGGCCAUCCCUUCUCAUUUGCUGAGGAAGGGGCAGAGGUUGAUCUUGAAGGGGGAGAAAACUCUUAAAGAGAAGCAAGAUUUGGCUUGGAAGUUGCCAUUUCUUUGAGUAACUUUUGUCCUAAGGCUGCAAUUGUCUCCUCUUUAGAAACUAGAUGGGGCUAGAAUAUUUUCUAGCGAUGCCAUGGACAUUGGAUGGAGAUCAUCAGCUAAGAAUGAGGUAGCCUGCACUUUAUUGGUUCGAUACUCAUUUUUUAAAAAAAGUGAUAGGUUCCAGUUUCUUAAUGCAUUUUGGGACUGUGGGGAGAAGGAGUCGUGCAUUCACAACUGGGGAACCUGUGGCCAGUUGCUUAUGUGAACACGAAGUUGCCCUAUGCCAAAUCAGACCACUGAUUGAUCCAGGUCAGUAUCAUCUACUGUGAGUGGCAGCAGCAUUCCCGAAUCUCUGGUAGCAGCCUUUCUCAUCCCUUUCUCCAUUCUCUUAACUGGGAAUGCCAGGGAUUGAACCUGGGACCUUCUGCAUGCAAAGCAGAUGCUCUACCACUAAGCCAUGCCCCCUCCCCCGUUUUUUUCCCCAGCAUGCAUAAAUGCCAUAAGGAACUCAAAUGUGCAAUGGAUUUAAAGCUGGGUUUCCAUGCUGGGGAGUUCACAGUAUGUACAUGCAAUCAGUGACCAAAGUCAAAAUUGCGUGCCCUGGUACAACGAUGCACUUCCAACCCAACGCUGCGCUCGGCCAUGAAUGUUGAGCAAUAAGCAUACAGUGGUUACAAUAAAGCAAACUCUGUUUACAUGAAACAAA